AUGGCCCAGCAGCGAGCUGAGCUCUCCCGGCUCCUCAGAAACGCCGCACGCAGCGCGGAGCCUUACCCCCGUGCGCCUCCUCCUCCUCCUCCUCUCCUCAACCCCGCCAGGCCGGCGCCAUUUUGGGCACCCCGCCGCCAUUUUGUGGGCGGGCGCUGCCCGGGGCCCAAGCCGCUGUCACGGGGCUGCCAUGGCAACGCCGCCCGCCCGGCACGGCCCGGCCUCGCCUCCAUGAGGGGGAAGCGGGCGCUGGGGCCGUGGCUGGUGAUGGCGGGCGCCCUGCUGGUGCUGCUCGGCCUCAUCGGGGGCUCGCAGGUGUUGAAAGCAUUUGAUUACUUCUAUCCUUCGAAGGGACAGCAACAGAUGUACAAGCUGGACAUAAGCUGGCCUAAAAUUCCAGAGUAUUUCACUGGCCAAACGUUUUGUGUUGCUGUUGAUUCUCUUCAUGGUUUGGUCUACGUGGGACAAAGGGGAGAUGAUGUACCAAAGGUACUUGUAUUCUCAGUGGAAGGCUAUUUUCUUUACUCCUGGAAUGAUACAGUUGAAAUGCCUCAUGGUAUCUUUGUAUUAAACACCGCAACUGAUAGUUCAGUAUGGAUCACAGAUGUUGGAGCAGGAAAGUACGGGCACACCGUGAAACAGUACAGCCCUUCUGGUAAACUUCUGCAAAUCUUGGGCACGCCAGGGAAUGCAGGUUCAAGUUUGAAUCCAAUACAAUUUGAUCAACCAGCAGAGAUUUUUGUAGAGGAAAGUGGAGAUAUGUAUGUUGUGGAUGGAGAUGGAGGAAUGAAUAACAGACUGCUCAAACUGUCCACAGAUUACAAAGAGAUCUGGCUGAGUGGAGAAAAUGGGACCGGCAUUGGCCAGUUCAAGAUUCCUCACAGCGUGACAGUGGAUUGUUAUGGAAGGGUAUGGGUUGCAGACAGAGACAACAAAAGAAUCCAGGUUUUUGAUAAAGUGACAGGGGAAUGGCUGGGGGCGUGGAGUAGCUGUUUCUCAGAAGACGGACCCUAUUCUGUCAGAUUUACUUCCGAUUACAAGUAUCUGAUUGUAGCUCAGAUGAAUAUCAACCGUUUGGCAAUCUUGGCAGCACCACCAGUUGGCAUUAUUGGGGACUGUGCUAUAGUCAACGCAAUCCAGCUGGCAGAUGAAACCAAGCCACACCUUGUAGAUAUAGACAUGAAGAGUGGAGCAAUCUAUAUUGCAGAGAUUGGAGCCCAGCAAGUACAAAAAUACGUACCCAUAAGCUGAUGGCUUCCCACAACAACCAUGGCACAAGCUCUAUGACAUGUGAGACCUAUGACCGCAUUUUCCUGAUUUUUUUUUUGUGGCUUGUGUUUCUUUAGACAAGCACAGAACAUUGUGCUCCCAAAAGUCUAGGGCUAAGAAUCUGCCCUAGCUGCAGUUCUGGAGAAGUACUUGGUCUUGAUCUGUUAAUCAUUUUAGCAAUGCAAUGAUGGCUUUUGCUUUUGUUGCUGGGAAUUUGAAAAUGACUUUGUGUCUUAAUUUUAUAAAAUUUUGUAAACACAGCUGCUGUUCUUCAAUGUGUAGGGCGUCAUCUUGAGGCUCUUCUAAUUCGCCUGUGUGCAUUGGUAAGUGAAGGUCAGGUCUUGUCUGAAGGAAGUGUAUAAAUGAUUGAUUUCCUGGUAAUCAGACACCUCAUUUUAAUGUUUCUUCAGUUGUUUUUUGGAAGUCUGUGCUGACGCUGCCCAACACUGAAUACAGGGAUGCAUUAUGGUGUUGAAUAAGACACUGCUGGAUACCGUGUCAGUGCUGAUGCUGGCAUCUCCCUUCAGUGGCUAAUGACACUGCAGUGAAAUCAAAGUUUCCAGUUUCAGCUAAAGCAGUCAAGUCUGUAACAGGCUACAGUUAACUUGAUCUCAGGCAUGUCAAACUAAAUUAGAUGUGCACAGCAGCCAAGUACUGAUUCUUAACCAUGUCAGUUCUUAACCUGAUCUGAUUUAUAUCAGGAUGAGUUUCUGUUCAUCAGGAUUUCAUAGUGGAACAUAUCAAAGUUUAACUAAUUUAAGUUCCUCAUGGAAAACAAAUCUGAAUUUCCUAGGAAAAACUCUUAAUUGGCAUUAGGGGCCUAGGAGACACAUGAUUUUCUGCCAGUGCUCCAUUUCCAGUCUGGAGUCGUUUCAUUUUCUUUACAGGUUGCUACAAAAUUUUAAGUUCACUUAUAUAGUAUAGAGGGAGUACAUGAGUACAUGUAACAAUAGUUACAUGAAAGGGAUGGAGAAAAUGGCAUGGCAGAUGACACCAAGGACAGAAAUGACACUUAGAGUGAGUAACUGAGUACUUCUCUAAAGCUGUGCACUCGUAUUCCAUGUUCAUCUAGCUUUUCAAAACAUUUGGGAGGAUUUGUUCUGUUUCCACACAGUAAAACAAGUGUGUGGAAUGAUUUUAAUGGUAAUUACUAGCUAAGGGACACUUUUUUUCUUUUUUACUUCCUUAGAAAGGAAUACAGGAAAUCAAAUUAUUCUGAUGGGGGAUAUCCACAUCAGUGAAUGUUAGCAAAUGCAUCUUUGUCUGGCAGGUUUCAAUCUAAGACCCCAAAAUUUCUGGGUCAGCAGAUGGGAAAACUGUCCAGAAAAGCCAGAUUCAUAUAUUUAGUGGAAUGUAAUUCAGCUGUGAAGCCUGAUGCCCUGAUUUCAGUGCUCUUUGAGAUUAAUGCACCAAAUAUAAAUGCUUUGUUGUUGGCUAUGGCCACAAUAAUAAAGGCAGAUCUAACCUAACUGCCCUUGUGCCAGCCUCAAAGCCAGGACCUCGAGGUUAUACAUGUACACUAGCAAAUACGACCCAUGAUUCACAUGGUGUCGAAUGGAAGCUAAUAAGCAAUAUUUGUUAGCUGAAAAGGCAGCAGUACUUCCUCUAGACCUAGGCAGAUAGGUCCACAUAACUUUGGAGUGUGUAGUGUGGACUUUUUAACUAGGUCACCACUAGCUCAGGGAUCUCUGUGCUUUGUGCAAUUUAGCUAUUUGUCACCUUCAGAAGGUGGAUUUCUUUGUAAAAAUGUUACCAAAAUAUCUUUAUAUAUAUGAACAUAUCUUGGUGGCUUAAGGGAUUCAGGCACAUUGAUUAUUCCUCGUCACAUCUCAUCCUUAUUUAUUUUGUCUUUGUCACAUCCAUUUGAAAGAGAACUAGAAACUCUCUGGGAACAUGUUUCUGUUUUCUCUGAAGGAGUGGUGCACUUGUGGAUGUUGACAAGUAAGUUAUACAAGUUUCUGUUUGCUGCAGGGAUGUGUUGCCAAGUCUAUGUUUAUGGGGGCUGUGCAGCCCCUAGAAAUGGGGAAUAUUCAUACAGUUUUGUCUGAAUUUACUGAAAUAGGCCACGGUGCCAAAAAAUGCCUUACACUUGGGAAUUGGGUAUCUGCUAAGAAGGGAAGUAUAUAGUAUGAGAUGCUCAGACUCCUUUUCACCUUAGUGUCUGUGGCCAAACUGAGAAAAUGAUUGAUUUGUGCACUAACUUUCUAAUUCUGUGAGGCUUUUCUUAUGUAUCAUUCUGAAACUGAUCUCUGAAAGAUUGUGUAAUAGGAUAACUUGGUAAAAUAAAUUGAGAAUUUUUCAUUAUAAAA